AUUCCAUUUUUGUUGAAAUUGAGCCGAAUUCAUUUGAACGUGAACGCGCCGGCUCCCCGAAUGACAUCUUUUGUCCGAGGCACGCUUAUCUCGAAGGCCUCGAAACCGCCGCUCAGUUUCAGGUCUUGUAACCUCGCGUGCGUCCCGCAGAGGUGCAUCGUGGGAGUUGCAGUGCCGCACUGCGCGCAGUCCCCUCCUCCGCCGAGCGAGCGUGUGCGGCUUCGAACUCGCACUCCCAACAUCCUUGGUGUGUCUGUUUGUGUGUGUGUGUAUAGGCGGAUCCGGGCACGCUUCGCAAGUGCGGCAACAAAGUGUGUCAAUGUUUGUGAAGAGGACUCGUUUUCUCAAAGCGUGCCAGGGGAAAAACUACCAACAUCUCAUGCCGACGAUGCAAAUAUGGCAAACUCCUUGCCGUGUGCAGGGAGUCUUGUGAGGAGCAAAUCUGAGGGCACGGUGAUCGAUCUGGAUGAAAACGCCUUAAACGAUGGAAAUGCGCCUCAAAUGAGAGAGAACUACGACACGUCAAGACAAAAUCCCUUUUGUCACAAGCUGUCGCGAUCGAUUCCUAGAUUAGACGACGAAUCUGAUAAGAGUCUUUCCAAUGCAUCGCACGUAUUCCCAGGAUCUCUCAACCGUCUGGACACAGAACACGGGGAGACCGUCAGCACAUCUUCGGACGAGGGCAAUGAGGGGAACUUUCUGGAAAAGAAAAAUAAAGCCAACAACAGAUCCGGGAGAUGGAGGAGUGCCACGGACAUUCUGGAGAAUUUUGAGAGGAAGGCACCAAAGAGGGGGGACAGCUUCAAACCACCUCAGACUGUUCUAACCCCUGACUUUGAGUGGCUGAAAAACGACAGAGAAGCCUAUAAAAUGGCUUGGCUGAGCCACAGGCAGUUAACUCGCUCUUGCUUGGACCUAAAUGUGAUCAGCCAGAGUCCCGGAUGGGCUCAGACACAGGCAACAAACUUUCAGGUCAUCUGCAAGCUCGGCCACGUUGGGGGCACAGUCCAGCUGCCGGACUCCGAAAUUAGUAUCCACGUCCCGGAGGGCCACAUCCCUCCUGGCGAAGUUCAGGAAGUUACACUGAAGGCAAUGCUCGACCCUCCUCCUGGACUCAACAACAACCACAUAACCACUAUGAGCCCUCUUCUGGAAGUCGUGCUCAGCAACAUCAACACAAAGGGUUCAAUCUCCCUGAAGGUUAAGCUCUCCGGAGAGGUGCGGAGUGACCCGUUAAGUCAGGUCCUGACCACAGUGGUCGGACUCUUGUCUUGCAAACGAGAAGGACCCUAUACUAGUGUGAAUGACUGUUCCAUUUUCAACAACGUAAUGCAGAUGAAGCUCCAGCACCUGAAGACGCAUUUUUACGUGAUCGCAGUCGCAGAGGCCUCAGCCAUUCAGUCUCCGGCUACGUCAGUCUGGGAUUACCUUCACCGCCAAGUCACAGUCGCUGUUUACGGCCCCCGGUACAUCCAUCCAUCUUUUAAGGUUGUGAUAGUGGUGUGCUGUCACGAGGAGGUCCCACCAAAGCUCCCCUUUUCAGACAUAUGUCGAGGAAACAAAUUGCCUCCGCUCGUGCUGCAGCUUUGGGGAACGCAUCACCUUCGGACUGGCAACCUGGGCGACCUACUUGUCACCACUAGUAUCACGGGCUCCACGUUUAAAAUUCGAAAUGAGGACAAGGUGAAAGAAGUGAGGCAGAGCCAGCUCAAAAUUGGUACAGUGUUGCGUUUACCGGUGGCCUUAUCGUGCAGCAAAGACCCAAGUCCUUUUCAGUUACAUCUGGAAGUGACCGAGUCAAACUCUACAACUGUUGCACAUUUCCAGGUCACUUCCCCUCCUGCACCUCCGAUUCGAUGUGAAAAGCGCGUGCCAAAUCAGACAAGUAGAAACACUGACGAAACAUCAAAAGCAUCCUCUAUUCCUGAGGAACCGAUUCCAGAGUUCCCCAUAUUUAAAGAUGGACCUGUGAACCUCAAACGGUACGGUGUAGCCCUAAAGUCAGUUCUCCGUCAGACACGCGUGGACUACCUACUGGAGUACUUCAAAGGAGACACGUUGGCUCUCCUCUCCACGGAGACUGUUAGAUCAGUCGGGAAUUCAAAGGGAAAGGAAUGGUACAUUGGGUUCCUUCGGGGCAAGACCGGUUUGGUCCAUUGCAAAAACCUCAAGAUCAUUACGGCGGAUCAGGUGAUCGACUUUACCGGCGUUCACGUGACCACAGACCUUCUCCUGGACAACCUGACACUGCCCUUCAAGAACCUUACGUACAUGUACUCGGCCAUCCAGACGAUAGUCGCCGAGCACAUAACCAACUGGAGAGAGUUUGCGGAUGCUUUAGGGUAUUACGAUCUGUCGCUGGAGAGCAUCACUCGCAGAGUUGCCGAAACGGAGGCUGACAAGGUGGCCUGUGUGCUGGAAAAGCUGAAGGAAGACUGUCACGCUGAGACGAGUGAAAAGAAAUUCCUUCACGAACUCAUGGUCGGUCUGUUAAAGAUGGACAGAAUCAGUCUCGCGGCUCAGCUGAUUCAGAACACCGUUAUCCUGUCCACUGCCGUGGAGUUGGGGAUUCGAUGGCGGGAACUGACUGACAAAACGGGAAAGCUGACCGGCGCUCAGAUUGCUCUCUACGAGGCUCCGCACAGAGGAAAAAACGGAGAAGUUGGGUCGCAGCUGAUGUGGAAACCUGCCUACGAUUUCCUGUUCUCCUGGAGUCAACGUUACGGAAACAGUUACAGAGACAUGAUUCAAGACCUCCACCUGGUCCUAGAUAAGAUGAAGAAUCCUGUGACCAGACAGUGGAGACAGCUGACCGGUGUCCUGAUCACAGUCAACUGCCUGGAUCUCUACAGGGCCUCGGCGUACCCAAAGACCUAAGCUAAGGACUUUUGCAAUCAGAACGUGAUAAUGUCCCUGCACUUGGACUUUUUCUGUUUGUUUAUCGAACGUCUUUGUCCUUUAACUGCAGCUGUGAUCAGCACGCCUUGAAAACAGAUAAAUAAAUUUGAAAAAAAAUGAAGGCCAGUUUGCCCAGCAGCACAUUGGGUUUAUGAAAAUGUGACAAAAACCGAGUGAUAUUUUCCUUUGAAUCUAUGAUUUGUACAUUUAUGUGUUCUAUUACCCUUAAAAUGUCGGGAUUCACCAAAUGAUUAUGAUCACUACGUGUAUUUUUGUAGAAGUUUGUGCUUAUUAUAGCAGGAGAUGUUUGCAUCAGUUGAUCUGACUCAUACAGUGUCCGAAUGAAGACACCAAGAAAUGUGAAACGAAUUUCCGUGCAUUUAACUUGUAUGAUUUACAUGUACUUCCUGAACGCUCUCCUAAUGGGAUAAUGAGCAGGUACUUCAUAUUUUGUACUGUAACAUUAUAUUUUACAAGGAACCGUUACUUCUUAUACAACAGAUGUUUGAAAGGUGCACCGUAGAUCCAAGUUUGGAGCGGUACCGAGCUUGACACGGAAAUGAAUUUUGCGUUUGAUGGGGAAAAUAACUGCAAUAAACC